AUGCAAGGAGACAGUACUGACAUACGGGAAUGGGGCAUACAUAGAAGUCGACGGAACAAAGCGAUGAAGAUAUGGAUGGCGUUGAGGCUGAAUGGAUUAGAGGGCUUCCGCUACCAUCUCAAUAAUGCAGUGGAAAUGUGCGUUUACUUCGAAUCUCUGGUUGCCACACAUCCUUUGUUGAGGAUCUUUUCUCGGAAACUUGCGAUUUUCACGUUCUUCUACGAGGAGCCAGGAUGCAGUAAGGAGGACAACAACUCCUACACAGAAAAUCUAUGUCAGUUCAUAAACCAGUCUCAUAAGCUCUACGUAACUCACACUAAGGUAUAUUUUUAUGGGAAUGUUGAGCAUUGUGUCGAAGCUGUGUCACGAAUAGGGAUCUGCCCGAAACUACACCUG